GAUGCUGCCGGCAAGGUGCUAGACCGCUGGGCCAUCAUGUCCCGAGAAGAAGAGAUUAUUACCCUUCAGCAGUUUCUGCGGUUUGGAGAAACCAAAUCCAUCGUAGAGCUGAUGGCGAUUCAAGAGAAAGAAGGGCAGGCCGUUGCUGUACCAUCUUCAAAGACAGAUUCAGAUAUAAGGACUUUUAUCGAAAGCAAUAACCGCACCAGGAGUCCAAGUCUCCUUGCUCACCUGGAAAACAGCAAUCCUUCCAGCAUUCAUCAUUUCGAAAACAUCCCCAACAGCCUCGCAUUCUUGCUUCCUUUCCAGUAUAUAAAUCCAGUCUCUGCCCCGCUACUUGGUUUACCCCCAAAUGGGUUGCUUCUGGAGCAGCCAGGACUGAGGCUUCGGGAGCCCAGCCUUUCAACCCAGAACGAAUAUAACGAAAGCAGUGAGUCCGAAGUUUCUCCGACGCCUUAUAAGAGCGAGCAAACCCCCAACCGAAAUGCUCUGACUAGCAUCACCAAUGUGGAGCCCAAAACGGAGCCAGCCUGUGUGUCCCCCAUUCAGACUUCUGCCCCCAUCGGCGAUUUGGCCAAACCCGAGCACACGAAAAGCUCCUUCCGGAUCCACAGAAUGAGAAGGAUGGGCUCCGCCUCGAGGAAGGGGCGAGUAUUUUGUAAUGCUUGUGGGAAAACUUUCUAUGAUAAAGGUACUCUCAAAAUUCACUAUAAUGCAGUUCACCUGAAGAUCAAACACCGCUGUACCAUCGAAGGCUGCAACAUGGUCUUCAGCUCCCUUCGAAGUCGCAACCGCCACAGCGCCAACCCCAAUCCCCGCCUGCACAUGCCCAUGCUAAGGAAUAACCGAGACAAAGAUUUAAUCCGGGCUACCUCGGGAGCCGCCACCCCGGUCAUAGCGAGCACUAAAUCCAAUCUGACGCUUACCAGCCCAGGCCGGCCGCCCAUGGGCUUUACCACUCCCCCGCUUGACCCCGUCCUGCAGAAUCCUCUCCCUAGCCAACUGGUGUUUUCUGGCUUAAAGACUGUCCAGCCCGUUCCUCCCUUUUAUAGAAGCUUGCUCACCCCCGGAGAAAUGGUGAGCCCCCCCAGCUCCCUCCCCACCAGCCCCCUCAUGCCCACGAGCGGCGCCGUGGAGCAGCAUCCCCCGCCUCCCUCCGAGCCGGCGGUCUCCGUGAUGGUGAUGGCCGGCCACGAGCCCAGCGCCGAGCUGGCCCCCAAGAAGAAGCCGCGGAAGUCCAGCAUGCCCGUAAAGAUCGAGAAGGAGAUCAUCGACACCGCCGACGAGUUCGAUGAUGAAGACGACGAGCCCCAUGACAAUGGAGCGGCGGUCAAUGACCUGAGCCACGACAAUCAUUGCCAUUCCCACGACGAGAUGAGCCCCGGCUUGUCCGUCAAAGAUUUCUCGAAGCACGGGCGGAGCCGCUGCAUGUCCAGGACGGAGAUCAGGAGGGCGGACAGCAUGACGUCGGAAGACCAGGAACACGAGAGGGACUACGAAAACGAGUCAGAGUCUUCCGAGCCCAAACUGUGCGAGGAAUCCAUGGAAGGGGAUGAGCGCAUGCACGGCGAUGGGAGUGAAAAAGCCCUGCUGAACAGCGAAAGGCCAGACGAGAACCACAAUGAGCCCUCCCACCAAGACGUCAUCAAGGUGAAGGAGGAGUUUACAGACCCCACCUACGACAUGUUUUACAUGAGCCAAUACGGACUGUAUAACGGAGGCAGCGCCAGCAUGGCGGCCCUCCACGACAGCUUCGCGUCCUCUUUGAACUAUGGCAGCCCCCAGAAGUUCUCCCCCGAAGGGGACUUGUGUUCUAGCCCAGACCCCAAGAUAUGCUAUGUGUGCAAGAAGAGUUUCAAAAGCUCCUACAGCGUGAAGCUCCACUACAGAAACGUUCACUUAAAAGAGAUGCAUGUCUGCACAGUGGCCGGCUGUAACGCUGCCUUCCCCUCCCGGCGAAGCAGAGACAGAAACAGAAAUUUACGGAUGGAAAGAACCAUAGGUCCAGGACAUCGGAACACCCUGCAUCUCCGUAGGUAUAACCAGAAAUGUUAUGAUUCCUUAAAUGG